CUUUGACCCCUUAAAGCAAUGCCUUUCAUGGCUACAUUGUCUUCUCUCCAUUCCAACGGACGUCAUCUUUCUCCCUGAAAGAAGCGUCAAAUGAUCCCCUCGAUUCCAGCGGAUUGAUCCCUCGCGAUCGCUUUUCCCCCGUGAUUACCGACUUCACCUCUUUCUCCCUCAACGUUCGAAGCUAUACUCUACCUUUUCUAUCAACAAAAUGCCUCCUCCUCCUCCUCCACCACCUCCACCGCCGCCGCCCGGUGGCAUGGGAGGGCCCCCUCCCCCUCCCCCUCCAGGAGCUCUCCCGAGUAGGCCAUCAGGCGCGGAAGCGAAAGGCCGGGGUGCCCUUCUCUCGGAUAUCCAUAAAGGUGCACGACUUAAGAAAACCGUAACCAAUGACAGAUCAGCGCCUCAGCUUGCCGGGGGAGGCGCGAAAUCAUCUGGUCCUCCUAUUGCAGGUGCACCGCCCGUUCCAACCAUGCCGAAACUCCCGGGUUCGGCACCACCGGUACCCGGGCAAGCAGUGAACAGACUACGAAGUGAUAGCGGAGCUGGUUCAGGGGGGGACAGUGGUGCGGCUUUACCACCAGCUCCACAGCUGGGAGGUCUCUUUGCUGGAGGUAUGCCCAAGCUACGCAGCCGAGGAGGAGUUGAUACUGGAGCCAAUCGAGAUUCGCCAUAUCGAUCUGAAUCACAAGGCUCGUCGGCACCGAAACCUCCAGUGUCGCCUGCUCCGAAGCCUCCAGGAGCUCGUCCUCCUCCACUGCCUUCUUCAGAGUCUCCUCCCGCCCCUCCUGUUAACUCAUUGGUUGCUGGUCUAAAGAAGCCUCCCCCAAGGCCCGCCUCGCGGCCAUCAUCUACUGUCUCAAGUGCAUCGGCCAGGUCGGCGUCAGAUGUUCCACCACCUCGCGCACCACCACCGUUACCAGGCUCAGCGAAGCCACCUCCACCACCUCCCGUGUCCUCUAGGAAACCAUCAACUCCAGCCCCACCUCCUCCUGCACCCCCUUCUACAAGUCCAGCUGCACCACCUCCACCUCCACCUACAGCCCGACCGCCUCCCCCAGCGCCUGCACGAUCUACCCCUCCACCACCACCGCCUCCUGCAGCCUCAGCACCGCAACCACCUAACGGAACCGCUGCUGCAUCAAUAGCUGUCCAAGCAGCGAGGAACGCUUUUGGGCACAGUCAGCAGACACCGUCAGCCCCGCCUCCGCCCCCACCCGCUUCAUCCGCGCCUUCAGCGCCCCCUCCACCUCCUCCGAGUGCUCCUCCGAGUGCUCCCCCAAGUGCCCCUCCGAGUGCCCCUCCGAGCCAGCCACCAUCACGCCCGUUAUCCCACGAGCCUCCAGCUAGUCACAUCCCGGAUCGAUCCACAUUAGAUCCAAGCGCUUACACCCUGAGCAACGGCGGGCCGUCAUCAGGGUCAAGCCCUCUAGGCUCAGCAGCGCACGGGGUGAUCCGGGUAGAAGAUGUUCGGUUCAAGUUCCAGAGCGAAGGUUUAUUCCCCAAGCCUCGGCCUUUUGUAGGAGGCCCCAGACGAUACCGUGCUGGACGAGGCAGCAGCGUGCCAUUGGAUUUGAGCGCAUUGAGUGGCUAGGGUAUUGUUUUAGAUAACAAACAGACUUGAGGCUUAUCCAACUGCUUUGUGACUUCAAGUUGCACUUUGUCAUCGGGGUAGUCAAUAGGCAAUGCAACGAAAGCUUCUUCUUUUGACUUAGGCUUUUAUUUCAUGUACAAUUAGAUACGUACAUUUCAAUAAAUG